CAGCUCCACCUUCCUAGAAAAAGAUGUGCAGAAAAAGAAAGAUGGAUAUAUCUAUAGGCAACCAUGGUGUGGUAGUGUUAGCUUUGAUGUUGAUCAUGUUGGUAGCGAAUGGUGAAGAACAAAGGACACGAGAAAUAGGACUAGGGGUGAUUCUUGAUAUCGAUUCACACGUUGGGAAGAGUAUCUGGGUCAGCAUCUUGAUGGCCAUUGAAGAUUUUUAUGGAGAUACGAACAACUCGACCACCGUUAUUGUCCCUCACUUUCGAGAUUCCAAAUACGACAACGUAGAAGCUGUCUCUGCUGCCAUAGACCUUUUGAAAAAUACUCAAGUGAUGGCAAUUCUUGGACCCCAAAAAUCAUCCCAGGCAGCUUUUGUACUUGAUAUUGCACAAAGAUCGAAGGUUCCCAUGAUAUCUCCGGCAACAAACCCUGAUCUUUCCCCAAUCCGAAACCCCUACUUCAUCCGAAUAGCACAAGCUUCAUCAACUCAAGCCCAACCCAUUGCAGCUCUAGUCAAAUCCUUUGGCUGGAGGGAAGUCGUGUUUGUUUACGAAGAUACUGAUUUCGGAAGAGGACCUAUUCCCUUUUUAUUUGACGCAAUGGUAAACAUUGGUACUCAGGUUAAGUUCCGCACCCUUUUGUCUCCAUCCUCCUCGGAUUAUGAGAUUCUGCAACUCCUUUACAAAUUAAAGUCCAUGCAAACUAGGGUUUUUGUGGUACACAUGUUACCGGCUCUUGCUUCUCGUUUCUUCAAGAAAGCAGACGAAGCUGGAAUGAUGGCAAAAGGAUACGCAUGGAUCAUCACUGAUGUGCUCACUGGUCUUUUGCAUCAAUUGGAUCCGCAGGAUAUGGAUUCCAUGCAAGGUGUACUUGGUGUGAAACCUUAUAUACCACCAUCCAACCAGCUAAAGAAGUUCGAGAGGAGAUGGAGGAGGAGAUUCCGUAAAGAAUACCCUGACAUUGAUAGAGUUGAGCUUGACAUGUUUGGUAUAUUGUCUUACGACUCUAUUGUCGGACUAGCUAUGGCAUUAACAAGAGUUGGAUCCGAGUUAAGUACUAUCUUCAAGAGAGCAAAGAAAGCCUCAACUGAUUUGGCUGCUAUUGGAACCUCGGACAUGGGAUCCAAGCUCCUUCCAAUGAUCCAAAAUAUAAGUCUUGAAGGCAUGAGAAAUCGCGAUUUCGAGGUUGUCAAUGGACAAUUACAGAUGUCUAGGUACCAAAUAGUGAAUGUGAUUGGGAAGGGGGAGAAACACAUUGGAUUUUGGAGUUCAAGAAACGGUAUAUCAAAUCAACUUAUAAGCCAGAAUCAAAGUUCAGAUUACACGACGAACAAAGAUGAUCUGGGAACCAUCAUAUGGCCAGGAGAUACUCCACGAUUCCCGAAAGGUUGGGAGAUCCCAACUGGUGGAGACAACAUUUUAAGAGUGGGAGUUCCAGCAAAAGGAGGAUUUGUUGAGUUUAUUGAAGCUAGCAUAGACCCUAAAACAAAAGUGGUUAACGCGAGUGGAUAUGUCAUAGAUGUCUUCAAGGCAGUUAUAGAUGCAAUGCCAUAUGAUGUACGCUACAAAUUUCUUCCUUAUGAAAAUCCUGAUGGCCAACGAAUUGGAGAUUACAACGAUCUUGUGUAUCAGAUUGUUCUUGAUAAAUUCGAUAUGGUGGUUGGAGACGUGACAAUCUUGUGGAACAGAUCAAACUAUGUUGAAUUCACUUUGCCCUACUCAGAAUCUGGAGUUUCAAUGCUUGUUCCCGCUAAGGUUGAUGAUAGUAAGAACGUUUGGAUAUUCAUGAGGCCUCUAGAAAUGGAGUUGUGGAUAACAAUUGGAGGAUUCUUCAUCUACAUUGGAUUUGUUGUUUGGGUUCUAGAGCAUCGUGUAAACAAAGAGUUUCGUGGCCCUCCUCAUCAACAAGUCGGAAUGAUUUUCUGGUUUUCCUUCUCCACCCUUGUUUUUGCACAUAAGGAGAAAAUGAUAAGCAAUUUAUCUAGAUUCGUGGUGAUAGUGUGGAUAUUUGUGGUUCUGGUGCUAACCUCCAGCUAUACAGCAAGCUUGGCAUCCAUGUUAACGGUGCAAAAGCUCCAACCAACUCUUAUGAAUAUGUCUGAACUCAAAGCAAGAGGAGAUUAUGUAGGAUACCAAGAUGGUUCUUUUGUUGUUAACAUGUUAAAGGACAUGGGUUUCCAUGGUGAUAAGUUGAAGAAGUAUAGCAACUUCAAAGAGUAUGCGAAUGCGCUUUCAAAUGGGAGUACGAAGAAUGGAGUUUCUGCCAUUGUUGACGAGGUUCCUUAUCUCAAGAUGUUGCAGGCCAAAAACUGUAACAAGUAUGUCAUGGUGGGUCCAACCUACAAGACUGCAGGCUUUGGCUUUGCGUUUCCGAAAGGAUCACCGCUAGUAGCCGAGUUCUCAAGAGCAAUUUUGAAAGUGAUAGAGGAGCAGAUGAGAAACAUUUCAGACAAAUGGAUUAGAGAUGAAGCGGAUUGCCCAGGGAAAAAUGAGGACGUUGAACCCUUUGAUAAGCUGACACUAGAAAGCUUUAAAGGUCUAUUUUUUGUUGCUGGAUUGUCUUCAACAUGUGCGCUACUCAUCUUCCUGUUUAUGUUCUUAUAUGAAAACAAGGAGAUACUAGUCUCACAUGAUUCAAUGCACCAUAAGUUGACUGCGAUCAUACAAAACUUUGAUAAGAAGAAAGAUCUAGUGCCCUCUGAAACAGAAACAGUCAACGAUAGCAAUGAUUAUAUAGAAGAGAAUAUAAUUGGCGGUUCGCCGAUGAGUCCGGCAAUAAGUGUUUAUCAUCAAGGUGAAGGAGUCUUUUCACCUGCGAGUCCAAUGUAACAAUGAGCCGGUUUAUCUUAAGUUAAUAUUAGGGCUAAUGUAUUAAAACUUGUAAAAGGGUUCAAUAGGUAAACUAGGUGUAAAAUUCUUGUAUUAG